AGACAUUAAGGAAGACAAAUCUAACAAGCAACUAAGUUCAUUUUUAUCUUCCAAUUUCAGUUAUGACUUCAAAACCUACCAGUGCUAUCUCAGGACAAGUCAGUAAUAUGAGAGAAGAUUCAAAAGCAGAAAUAAAAAGUGACACUACAGAAGCAAGGAAAACUAUUCCAAAACAAGAAAUUGAUUUGAGAAUUCAAGUAGUCUCAUCACCAUGCAGUCAAAUUUGUCCUAAAUAUCAGCAUAAGAAAGAAUUAAGUGGCCUUGCUGAGACCUAUGAAAAGAAACAAAAUCAGAAAACUGGAAUGAAAGUUGAAGAGCUUCCCAUGAAAACUCUGAGUGAAAAAGAAAAGAGAAAAAAAGCAGACAGAAAGAAAUAUACUAAGAACAGGAACAAGGAAAAGAAGGUGGAGAAUGGCCAAUCAAGGAAAGAAAAUAAGGAAAAAAGGGAACAAAAGAUAGGCAUGAAGAAGAUGGAAGACAAAGACAAGGGGUUUAAAUACAAGAAGGGAUAUGAAGAUACCAAAGACAAGGACACAAAAGAAAGUGAAGACAAGAAAGGAGAUGAAGAUAAGGAUAAGAAAGGAUAUGAGAACAAGGACAGCAAGGACAAGGAGGGAGACAAAGACAUGGAGGACCAGGACAAGAAGAAGGAUGAGGACAAUAUGGGACAGAAAGAUGAGGACAUGACGGAGGGUAAAAACAAGAAGGGAGAAGACAAAGAGGGAGAUGAAGACAAGGAGGAAAAUAAAAAGAAGGACAAGGACAAGAAGAGGUAUGAAGACAAGGAGCAACAAGACAACAAGGACAAGGACAUGAAGGAAGAUACAGACAAGAAGGGAGAACAUAAGGAGAGAGAAGACAAAGAUGAAGACAAUGAGGACAAAGAGAACAAGAAGAAUGAGGACAAGGAUAAAGAAGGUGAAGACAAGGAGGACAAGGAUGAGGAUGAGGACAAGGACAGGCAGGGACAUGAAGACAAGGAGCAGGAAAAAGGCAUGGAUGACAAGGACGUGAAGGGAGAUAAAGACAAGGACGAGAAGGGAGAACAUAAGGAGAGAGAAGAAGACAACGAUGGAGAUGAAGACAAGGAGGACCAAGAGAAUAAGAAGAAUGAGAACAAGGAAAAGGGAGAUGAAGACAAGGAGGGCAAGAACCAGAAGGAGGAUGAGGAUGAGGUUAGGAAGGGACAGGAAGACAAAGAGAACAAGGAGGUUGAGGAUAAGGAUAAGGAAAAUGAAAACAAGGACAAGAAUGAGGAUAAGGACGAGGUUAGAAAGGGACAGGAAGACAAGGAGAGCAAAGAGGAUGCAGACAAGGAUAAGGGUGAUGAAGACAAGAGAGAAGAUGAUACGGAGAACAAGGACACAAAGGAAGAUAAAGACAAGGACAAGAAAGAAGAUGACAAGGAGGGAGAUGAAGACAAGUAGGAAAAGGCAAGAAGGAAGAUGAAUACAAGAAGGGAGUUGAAGGAGAACAAAAGUAUGAAAGGAAUCUAUGAAAAAAAUGGGUGAAAUAAUAGUGGGUAAAUAGGACAUGAAGGAAAUAGACCAGAAAGAUGCUGGGAAGAGAAUGAGCCAGUGAUAA